GGAGGAGGGGUGCGUUGGGAAAGAACGUGUGGAAUUUAUUUCCUGUUCUGCAGCUCUAGUUUAAAAAAGGGCAGACGCUGGACACAUGAGGAGCAAAUACAGUAAGAGUUUUGUCUGUUUCAGGCUCCUGGAUCCUGGUCAGUCUCAUGCAGACUAGUGGUCCAGGACCACAUCUUGUAGUCCAGUUACAGGACUAACGGAGUCCAAAAUGGCUGAGCCGCUGUUUAAGAGAACUUUUUCCAGACUGCAGGGAAGAGAGAGGAGCAGCAGGAAGAGAGAUGUUCCAGUGCUGUCACAAGACCAUCAUUCGGUAUCUUCCCAAGGGAACCAAGCCUCAAAGCAGCAGAGCCAACAACAACGCUCUGUGGCACCUCCUACUGUUCAGCACCUAGUAUCAUCCAAACAUGAACCUGCGAGUAGUUCGACAUUGACCCAUGAAAAUGUCUACCCAUGUACCACCCAGAUAGAUCCGCAAGGAAACAGAGGAGAUGAAACUUAUGAUACUCAGCGUAAAACCUUUUACCCUUCAGGAAGUGCUAUUGGUGUUCCCCAUGUCACUACUGGCACUAGGCUGCCCUGUCAGCGAACCUACCUACAGAAUCUGGACAGCAGCAGCAGAUCCUGGGUUCUUUCUUCAGGAAACACAAAACCUUCAUAUAGAAAAAGUGAGUUACUAGCAGACUCUGCCAGCAACAUUUGGUACAACCCAAUACCUGAGGAGGAGGACGUGACUGGUCCGUGUGCAGAGGGCAAGACGUGGAGGAAGCUGGGUUUGGGAAAGGAUGAACAACAGCUGAAGUCAUGUGGAAGGAAAAGUGGUCUUAACAUGACCCCCCCUCAGGAUCAGGUGACAACAUCCAAUCCAGAAACCGGAGGUGCACCUGAAGGACUGACAUCUCCAGGCACCGUCAGAAAGAUCUCAAUGAAGAUGAAGAAACUGCCCGAGCUGCGUCGCAAACUCAGCUUCCGCUCUUCAUCACGCAGUCGUCGCAGACACGCAAAAGACACAGCCACCGAUCAGUGUGGGACAUCACCAGCCAAUCAGAAUGUGAUAAGCAGGUAUCACCUGGAUAGCUCCACGUGCCCACUGCCUCAUUCCUCCCUGAGAUGUUCCACGAGUAAAGGAGGCUAUCUCAGCGAUGGGGACUCGCCUGAGCGACUGCCACUGCCCAAGUAUCCCCAGUCUGCAUCCGAUUUCACUUGCUUCCAGAUGUAUUUGGAUUCAGACUUGUCGCGAUGCAGCCGGCGAGUUUCAGGUCUACUGACGGUACAUCUUUUAGGGCUGGAGGACAUGAAGAACAGCAGGUCUGACAUCAGUAAAGAAAUAUUUAUAGCCAUCCAGAUUGAUGAUGUCACCAGAGCAAGAACGGCCCCCCUUAGUCUUCGAGGUCACACCCUCAACCUUAACCACACCUUUCACCUCGAGCUGGAGAAAGCCCAGAUCCUGCGACUCGUUGUUCUCACUCCAGGUGGAGGAGUCAAAUCUAAGAAUCACAAUCCCUCAGACUGUCCACUCAAGAACAAGGUCUGUUGUCUGCGGGAGGUUUCAGUGCCGAGACUCUUCAAAGGAUGUCGUGAACAACAAAUAUGUAUCUCCCUGGAGCCUCAAGGACGUCUGUACCUGAAGGUCACCCUGCAAGAGACUUGGGACCCUCCGGUUCACGGCAAAGCUUCCGGAACCUCCAAUGUUUUUGGGGUGGAACUGUCUCACCUGGUGCAGAAGGAAGGAUCUACCAUUCCAGUUCCACUACUGAUCCAGAAGACUGUGAAUGAAAUAGAACGUCGGGGAUUGAUGGUGGUGGGUCUGUACAGACUCUGUGGUUCUGCUGCAGUAAAGAAGGAUCUCAGAGACCGAUUUGAGAAGGACAGUGGUGCUGUAUUCCUGAGCGAAGACCUUUACCCAGACAUCAAUGUUUUAACAGGAAUACUGAAGGACUACCUACGAGAACUGCCAUCGCCUCUCAUCACUAGGACUUUGUACCAUGACGUCAGAAAGGAAUUGGCUCUGCGGCAGUCUCCUACUGGACCAGUGGUUCCAGAGCACCAACUCACAAAGAGAACCAAGGAGUUGCUGUCUUGCUUGCCACCCCCAGAAAAGGCAACCUUGUCUCUGCUGCUGGACCACCUCAGUCUCGUGGCUUCUUACAGCACCUUCAAUAGGAUGACCCACCAGAACCUUGCAGUCUGUUUUGGCCCGGUCCUCCUCACUCAGCCUGAGAACGUGUGGAGUGGGGGAGGUUGUGGGAGACGUACAACAAGGGGUCACCAUGGUGAUGUUGACUUCAACCAGCACAUUGAAGUGCUGCACUAUCUGCUUCAGCUCUGGCCAGUUCCUCCUCACAACUCCCCCAUGGGCCACCAGAACCUCCCCCUGGGCGAUGGAGCUGUGGUCUCAAGACGAGGAUGGGGUCCAGCCAGGUUGGAGAGUAAAGUAUCUCAUCGGUACGCUGGAGACUGGAGUGUCUGUGGCUCGCCACAUGAGAACGAUUACGAUGAAGUGGCAGGCAGCAGCAGUGACACAGACAGUGAAGACGAGGAAGAGGAAACUGUCCAGCUGUCUGCAAAAGAAGGAGCAGAAACAGGAGAACAUGAGGGAGGAGCACGGGAAGGACUCUACAUGGAGGAGUUUGAUGCUCCAUUUAACUGCCGCCUCAGUUUGAAGGAUUUCGACAAUCUGAUCCAUGAUCUGGAUCGAGAACUGACUAAACACAUAAAGAUUUGUCUGUAGACAGGAACGCGAGGAGGAUAAUAAUUAUGAUUUUCACAAUCCCGAGGAAGUUAUGAAGAACAAUUACAAUAAUAAAGACUAUGUAGCAGUAUAUUUUAAUGGUACAAACAUAUUGACUGUGGAUGUUGACAGUAUUAUUUUUCCAAUUUGCACUAAGAAUAAAACGUAUUUCCUAUAUAUCUGUUUUGUUGUUACACAUUCAUGGUGUCUAACAUUGUCUUAAGGUUUGGUACUGAGAGGGUCACUGUUAAAUAGAGACCUUAUCUGAAGUCAAUGACCACAAAUGAACAUUGCAACUAAGCCAAAUCACAAGGGAAUACCAACUAUUCCAUUUUUUAUUUUUUUAAACUCGCAGUGAUUAUGACAGUAAAUGAGGCAACAGAAUCAGGCGGGUGAUGCAAUAGUCAGCUUCACACCAUUACCAUCAUGUGAUAAUGAUUAUGACUAUACUACACAGUAUUGAAAGACUCCAGGUCAUAAAGCAGUAUAUCUCAUUAACAAAAAAUGAUGACCUCACUGUACUUCAAUGAAAAUAGCUACAUUAGGCAGACAGCAUCCGAGAGAGGUCGCCAGUCUGUCACAAGGCAUAUACUGUACUGUACGUCAAGAUGAGACUGGACAAUGAGGUUUACAAUGUUAUACCUUAUGAAUGUUUUAAGCCUUGGUGCCACUGUUGUUGUGCUGGAAUGUUUUAGCAUACAAAUGUGGAAAAGCAUUAUUGUCCACACUGGUGUUGAUAACAUCUUUUUUACAUUUACUGAGCCCUAAGAUGCAUUUUAAUUUUCCAUAGACUUUACUGUAAUACGCACAAUCUUGGCAGUUAACCACAAAAAAUAAAUAACUCCCGCCAAUCGCAGAGGUCUUUAUCCGUUUGAAUCUGCUGUCAUUUCUCGAUACAAGCGAAUGUACUCGGAUGCAUUUGCUUGUAUAAGAUCUCAUUG